GUAAAUCAAGCAUUAGUUUGGCAAAUACCCUUCAGAAAACCCCACGCCGCUGGUAACGCCAUAGAAAAAAAUAGAAGAAACAGAUUUCUCGCAAAAAAUGGCGGUUUGAAGUUUUGUGAUUUUUGAGAUGGACAUAAAGAAAGAAAUGGUUCGUACCGAGGAGGAAGAUGUAGAAAUAAUCCAUUUGGAUAUCGAAAACAAUGUUUCCAAAGAGGACGAGGUAUCCAAAGUGAAAACUGAAACUCCCAAAACUGCAAAAGAUCUUUUUUCUGAUUUUAAGCCAGAAUCAGGCAGUGAUGUUGAUCACGAGGAAUCAGAAGAUGAUGAGGACGAUGAUGAGCCUUUGUCUAAAAGGGUUAAGAAGGAAAGUACUGGGAAACCUGGAAGAAAGAAAAAAGAUGGGUCCAGUGCUUCUCCUACCAACAAAAAGUAUAUGCAAAAAUAUAAAAGGGAAUGGGAGGAAAUACCGUCGGUCAAACCGUGGCUAUCCGAAAGUGUUCAUGGUGAGACCUAUUUCUACUGUAAAUUUUGCAAAAAGGACUAUAAGUGUGGUAAGUCAGAAGUGUUCAAGCACAUGUCUUCGAUGAAACACAAACGGAAUACCACACAGCCGCCAUCAGAAAAAAUUAUUAAAAAACAAAUGAUGAAAUUUAGAGGUUUACUUUGUCCAGUAGUAACACCAUUUGUUAAAUCAAGACCUAAAGAUGUAUGCUACGAUCUCCUAAAGCCGUAUGUAAAAUUUUUAAAAGCAUGUGGAGUUAAAGGGAUUCUAGUAAAUGACGUAUUAGGGGAAGGUAUGUCCCUAACAAUAAGUGAAAGAAAGAGAGUUUUGGAAUAUUGGUGUUCUUUAUGCAAGGAAUAUGGUAUUUUUGUUAUGGUGCAGAUUGGUGGAGCGCCUUUACGUAGUGUUAUUGAGUUGGCAUUACAUGCAGAAAAAACAGGAGUUGGUGCCGUAGUGUUACUGCCCGAUUUGUAUCAUAGACCUCAAGAUCAUCUGGAUCUUAUUAGGUAUAUUAAGGCAGUGUCAAAUAAUACGGGGUCAAUGCCCAUACUUUAUCAUCAUUAUCCUAAAUACACCAAGUUGGAACUUGACAUGAAAAAAUUUCUAUUGGAUAUUACUGGUGAGGUGGAUACUUUUGUAGGACUUAUAUAUACAACUGGAGACUUGCAGGAGACUGUAUCAGUUAUGGAACUGAAUCCUGAGAAGUUUGUUGUGUUUAUGGGAACGGAUGAGGGGAUGUUAGGAGCUGUGGCGAGUGGGUUUACAUGCAUCAUGGGAAAUAGCUUAAAUAUUUUGCCAAAAUUAGCCGAAUCGAUAUGUUCGUGUAUGAAAAAUGGCGAGAUAAAAAGUGCACAGGCGUCCCAGUCUUUGUUGACUAAAGCUAUGACAAAUAUUUAUGGUCAUGGGGAAAUAGUUCCAGCUCUAAAAGCUGCCAUGAGUAUAAUCACCAAACUCCCUAUGGACACUGUUAGGGAUCCCUUACAGACGUUAUGGGAGGGAACCGUAGUUAAAAUGAGGGAAAAAUUAAGAGAAAUCGGAAUCAUAUAAGAAAAAAUUGAAAUGAAAAAAAAUCUUUAUAAUUUUAUAAAAUGGUAUGACUAUUUUGUAAUUAUAUCUAAGUAUUUCAAGAUGCUCUUAAGCAAUAGUGGCCACGUCUUAUAAAUUACAAAAAAAUGUACGGUUGUUUAAACAUUUAAAUAAUCAGGCUACUUAUUGUUUAAGUAGCUACACAUUGUAUAUAUUAGGUAUCUUAUGAUUUUCAUUCAUUAUUUGUUUUAAGCAAUUUAAGUAAUGUUGAGUAUAUAAUUUUAUAAAAUAAUUUAGGGAGCGUUUAUUAUGUUGCGGGCAUAAUAUUACUGUGCGAGUUAUUGACUUAUUUUUAUGAUUUAUUUAUAUUAAAGAAAUUUGUAUAAAAUUCUAGUUUUUGA